AUGAGUAGUAUCGAUCAACAAGAAUUUACUGAAUUUGUUCGACACUACUUUAAGAGUAAUAUAGAAUCCCCCUCUACUGAACUUCGUGAACUACUGACGGAUAUAUACCUCCUUACAAAAACAACAGAGACCAAGCCAACCAUUGCGUCGUCCUUCGAUAUAAGUGGCAUUCUCGUACCAUUAAUUAGUGCUAUCGCAGGUUUAGCAUUAGUAAUAGGAAUUAUUACCGUAUUAGUUGCUACUUAUCGGAAAUCAUCUAAGAAUAAGCUGAUAGUUGAAGAGGAGACAGAUUAUCCAUUCGGUAAAUACAAGUGGUCUUCUGGUUACGAUUAUCAAGAUCUUGAUGACCAAUCCUCUACAUCGGGAUGGCCUAUUCAAGAUGAUGCUGGUGAGAGUUUGGCUGCAUUCCAGGGGGAAGAUCGCACAAUAACUCCAGUUGAGCGCACUACAACACGCCCAAACCAACCAAGCACUUUAAAACAAACACUAACGGCUGAAGAACAAAAGCGGGCGAAGGAAAUAAGCGUUGGAUUAAACGGAAAAUCGUAUGACGACCUAAUAGCGACGUACACUUUUGAUCUACACAGACUACUCCCAUUAGUAAACGGUGGCUUAGAACCCCAAAUAGCUGAACCACAAACACUCGACCAACAGCCAUUACGGACCCAAGUAGAAUUCCUUAUAGCUCAGAUAAAUUGGAGCUCUCGGGCAAUAGAAGAUCAAGUAAUAGAACUAGACGGCUACCUCAGUGGAUUAGAAUCAGGCAACAUGCAUCAACAAGUACAAAAAGUAAGACAAAUGAUCCUGGCCAAGCACAGUAGGCUAGUGUCCCUAAAACAACAAUACCAACAACUGCUAAGCAAACUUAAACGUGUACCAAUAAACAAGCCCAACGAAAAGCAAAAGAUGACGUCAUCUCAAAAUCAAUAA